UUUCAGGGCUUGACGCGCUUGCGACGCAAAGUAUUACUCCGACAAGAAUCGCAUCGCGAAUACGGUGAUCGUAAUGUCCAUAGCGUAAGUACGGAAAAUCUGACAAUUAUGGCCUUAUGUCUCGUGGAAGACAAAUUCUGCACCUUGCUUAUAGCUGGCAGGUCCUGGGAGAAAUCGAUAAAUCUAGUGUGGUCUCUCCAUCAUUCAUAAGAUCUGUAACACAGCAGAAUACCUCACAAGCGCAGGAACAGUUCGUCAAUACCUGCCCGGCCCUUCCUCGCAAGAUAAAACUCCUCUUGGCGCCUAUAAAACAUCAGCAUGAGUAUGAGAGAGCUUGGGUACGUUCGCAAGCUUUUGAGGAUGCAUCGAAGGGAAACACAAAUUGGAGCAUUCGCGAGCUACGUGGAUGGAAUUAUGCUUCCGUCGAUAAUUUCAAUAAUUGCAUUGCAAACAGUAUAUCCAGUAAAGCGCUUCGCAUAUGGAUCCGCAUGAUGACAAAGCUGUCACCUAGAAAACCAUCAUAGCCGAGACAGGACCUGGAGCAUAUAUGACGGGAAGCUCAAGCAGCACGCGGAUGCGAACUUCAUCGAGAUAAAAUGUGACCGCCUAGAUUAUCGCAAGAGCUACGGGGGGAGUUGCAUCAAAGAUCUCAGCGACUUGCGGCUAUGCAGAUAUCUAUCUUGCACAGGACUGAGCGACCUCUUAGUAGCUCCAUUAUGCAGGUAUAGUAGUCAAGCCAAAUUCUUGAUCGCGGGUGCAAGCCCACAUGGACGAGAGUUG